AUGAGAGGUUGGAAGUCAGCGUUCGCGUUCAAGUUGCGAAAACCUUUUUCGUCUGAAGCGACUACACGAAGUUAUACCCCUCACUGCACCGCCUCUUCCGCCGCCUCCGCCUCCGCCUCCGCCUCCGCCUCCGCCGCAGCCAAUCGCGCUGCCUCCUUCUCCGCCGCCGCCUCUCGCGCCGCUACUAGCGCUUACGCCGUAUUCUGUCCCUCGGCCCCCGUUGCGCCUGUGGAAGACUCCCCCUCCGCCGCAUCUGCCGCUUCCUCUGCCUUCCCUGCUUCCUCUGCUAACUCCGCCGGUGCAACCCAAUCCGCUCCUUCCACGUCACCCGCCGUCUCCGCGUGUUCCUCGUUAAAUAGAAGUGCUUUCUACUUCUCCUCCUGCGCUCCUUCGUUUUCCGCUCGUUUUAGUCACGCUGACUUGCGUGCCAGCCCCACACCCGCCGCCACUUGCGCCGCGAGUUCAGCUCUCGCUCCGCCUACUUCUGUCGCCGAUCCUCUCGCCGAUUGUCGCGCGACAUUCUCCUCGUCGUCGUGGAGGCGCUCCAUGUCGAUAGCGAUCCCCGCAUGCGACGGCGACGACGAGGUGCAUGCGGUGGGGGAGGACGAGGGGGGAGAGGCGGAGGAAGAGGCGGGAGAAAUGGCGGAGUCGGAUGGCCGUAGUGGCGGCGCUCAGGAUUCUGCGGUGGACAUCGAUUCGCUCAGCAGAAUGGUGCCUGAGUUGUCUUGGGGGCAGCUUUCUGAGCUUGCAGCAGGCAAGGAGAAAAUGGACUGGCCUGUGGUGAGCGGGGGUGUGGUGAAAGGGGGUGCGGUGGAAGGGGGUGCGGUGCAGGAGUGUGCAGUGGAGUGGUGUGCGAUGGAGGAAGAUGCAUGGGAUGAGCCAGAGAGCCCUGCAAUGGUCCCUGCUUGCUCCUUGUGUGGGCCUGCACAGAGGGACAAGGACGAGAGGUCAGCAGAUUUCCAGCUGUGCUUGAAUGCACCGAGGGGAGGAGGCAGGGUUCGGUUGGACAGGAUGGGGAGUGGUGGUGGUGAUGGCAGUGGUGGUGGUGGGACAGCCACUGUGGUUUGGUAUGUCCCGCGAUUUGGCAGGCAUAGGCAGCAGAGGUCGAUAGUAAGGGAAGUGGCACGAGAAGCCGUGAGAGACAUUGCGCGUGGGGGAGCAAGGUGA